GAGCGAGCCGGGAGGCAGAGGAGGCGCGGAGCGGGCGGCGGCGGCGGCGGCGGCGGCGGCGGCGGCGGCGGCGGCCUGAGGCCGAGGAGAGGAGCCGGCGAAGACGCGGCGCCCGGAGCCGGCCGGACCGAGCCGGGGGCGGGCUAGCUAGGAGGGGCGCGGCGGCCGCGGCGCAAGGGGGGGCGCUCUGCGGAUGGCCAGGCCCGGCCCGCGGGGGGGUGAGGUCCGCGGCCCCCCCGCCCGCCCCCCCGGCCCCCGCCCGCCCCCUCCCCGGGCCCGCUCGCCCUCCGGGGCGGUGGGGCAUGGCCUGAGGGUCCCCCGUCUCCGGGGGGGUGGGGGGUGGGGGGAGGGGGGAGGGGCCGCGGGCGCCGCCGACCGGGACUCAGCAGCCCCGCCAGGCAGCCGCCUGUGAUGCUGCCGUCCCCCAUCGCCCCGUGGCCCCACGAUGACCCACAGCCCCGCGUCAAGCGAAGAAGAGGAACGCCACAGUGCCAGCGAGUGUCCCGAGGGGGGCUCAGAGUCCGACAGCUCCCCAGACGGGCCCGGGAGAGGCCCCCAGGGGACCCGGGGCCGGGGCAGCGCAGCACCUGGUAGCCUGGCCUCGAUCCGAGGCCUCCAGGGCCGCUCCAUGUCCGUCCCAGACGACGCCCACUUCAGCAUGAUGGUUUUUAGGAUCGGCAUCCCUGACCUUCACCAGACAAAAUGCCUGCGCUUCAACCCCGAUGCCACCAUCUGGACGGCCAAGCAGCAGGUGCUCUGUGCCCUGAGCGAGAGCCUCCAGGAUGUGCUCAACUAUGGCCUGUUCCAGCCGGCCACCUCGGGCCGGGAUGCCAACUUCCUGGAGGAGGAGCGACUGCUGCGGGAAUAUCCCCAGUCCUUCGAGAAGGGGGUGCCCUACCUGGAGUUCCGAUACAAGACCCGUGUUUACAAGCAGACCAACCUGGAUGAGAAGCAGCUGGCCAAGUUACACACGAAGACGGGGUUGAAGAAGUUCCUGGAGUACGUGCAGCUUGGGACAUCCGAUAAGGUGGCACGGCUGCUGGACAAGGGGCUGGACCCCAAUUAUCACGACUCAGAUUCAGGAGAGACCCCCCUGACGCUGGCUGCUCAGACUGAAGGCUCUGUAGAGGUGAUUCGAACCCUAUGCCUGGGUGGGGCGCACAUCGACUUCCGGGCCCGGGAUGGCAUGACCGCGCUACACAAGGCCGCCUGUGCCCGCCACUGCCUCGCUCUGACGGCGCUCCUGGAUCUUGGGGGCUCCCCCAACUACAAGGACCGCCGAGGGCUGACUCCACUGUUCCACACGGCUAUGGUGGGGGGUGACCCCCGCUGCUGCGAGCUGCUCCUGUACAACAGGGCCCAGCUGGGCAUAGCUGAUGAGAACGGCUGGCAGGAGAUUCACCAGGCCUGCCAGCGGGGUCAUUCUCAGCAUCUGGAACAUCUGCUCUUCUACGGAGCUGAGCCUGGAGCCCAGAACGCCUCGGGGAACACGGCCCUGCACAUCUGUGCCCUCUACAAUAAGGAGACGUGUGCUAGGAUCCUUCUCUACCGAGGGGCCAACAAGGAUGUCAAGAAUAACAGUGGACAGACCCCCUUCCAGGUGGCAGUGAUCGCUGGGAAUUUUGAACUCGGGGAGCUGAUCCGAAACCAUCGAGAACAGGAUGUGGUGCCCUUCCAGGAGUCCCCCAAGUAUGCAGCCCGGCGACGGGGACCCCCGGGCACAGGGCUGACGGUGCCCCCCGCACUGCUGCGGGCCAACAGUGAUACCAGCAUGGCCCUGCCUGACUGGAUGGUGUUUGCUGCUCCGGGGACCUCGUCCGCGGGGGCCCCCGGCCCCACCUCAGGGCCCCAGGGCCAGGCGCAGCCCGCCGCCCCCAGCGCCAAGCUCAGCAGCGGGACCCUGCGAAGUGCCAGCAGCCCCCGAGGGGCCCGGGCCCGCUCCCCGUCCCGCGGGAGGCACCCCGAGGAGGCCAAGCGCCAGCCCCGUGGACGGCCCAGCUCCAGCGGGACACCCCGGGAAGGGCCGGCCGGGGGCACGGGGGGCUCUGGGGGCCCCGGGGGCUCCCUGGGCAGCCGCGGGAGACGCAGGAAGCUCUACUCGGCGGUCCCCGGACGCUCCUUCAUGGCCGUGAAGUCCUACCAGGCCCAAGCCGAGGGGGAGAUCUCCCUGAGCAAGGGCGAAAAGAUCAAAGUGCUUAGCAUCGGGGAAGGAGGCUUCUGGGAAGGCCAGGUCAAAGGUCGCGUCGGCUGGUUCCCCUCUGACUGCCUGGAAGAGGUGGCCAACCGCUCCCAGGAAGCAAAGCAAGAAAGCCGAAGUGACAAGGCAAAGAGACUCUUCCGGCAUUAUACCGUGGGCUCCUACGACAGCUUUGAUGCCCCAAGCUUGAUGGAUGGGAUUGGCCCAGGGAGCGAUUACAUCAUCAAAGAGAAGACAGUUCUGCUGCAGAAGAAGGACAGUGAGGGGUUUGGGUUCGUGCUCCGGGGCGCCAAGGCGCAGACCCCCAUCGAGGAGUUCACCCCCACCCCAGCCUUCCCGGCACUGCAGUAUCUGGAGUCGGUGGACGAGGGUGGCGUGGCAUGGCGGGCUGGACUGCGAAUGGGAGACUUCCUCAUCGAGGUGAACGGGCAGAACGUGGUGAAGGUCGGCCACCGGCAGGUGGUGAACAUGAUCCGACAAGGGGGCAACACGCUGAUGGUCAAGGUGGUGAUGGUCACCAGGCACCCGGACAUGGAUGAAGCUGUUCACAAGAAAGCACCCCAGCAAGCUAAGAGGCUGCCGCCCCCAGCCAUCUCCUUGCGUUCCAAGUCUAUGACCUCCGAGCUGGAGGAGAUGGUCUCCCCCUGGAAGAAGAAGAGUGAGUACGAGCAGCAGCCGCCGCCGGUGCCCAGCAUGGAGAAAAAGAGGACUGUGUAUCAGAUGGCUCUCAACAAACUGGAUGAAAUCUUGGCGGCAGCUCAGCAGACCAUCAGUGCAAGUGAGAGUCCUGGGCCUGGUGGCCUGGCGUCUCUGGGCAAACACCGACCCAAAGGCUUCUUUACCACUGAGUCGAGCUUUGAUCCCCACCACCGCUCCCAGCCAAGUUACGAACGUCCUUCCUACCUGCCUCCUGGACCCGGGCUCAUGCUCCGGCAAAAAUCUAUUGGGGCUGCAGAAGACGAUAGACCCUACCUAGCACCCCCAGCCAUGAAGUUCAGCCGCAGUCUGUCUGUGCCUGGUUCGGAGGACAUCCCCCCGCCGCCCACCACGUCCCCACCAGAGCCCCCCUACAGCACGCCUCCAGCUCCGUCCUCCUCCGGCCGCCUCACUCCCUCUCCCCGGGGUGGGCCCUUCAAUCCCAGCUCAGGUGGCACCCACCCAGCCUCGUCCCCGGCGUCCUUCGAUGGGCCCGGCCCCCCUGACACCCGGAUAGGGAGCCGAGAGAAGAGCCUGUAUCACAGCGGGCCCCUGCCCCCAGCCCACCACCACCCGCCCCACCACCACCACCACCACGCCCCGCCCCCGCAGCCCCACCACCACCACGCCCACCCGCCUCACCCGCCGGAGAUGGAGACCGGCGGCUCCCCCGACGACCCCCCACCCCGCCUGGCUCUGGGGCCCCAGCCCAGCCUACGAGGCUGGCGGGGCGGCGGGCCCAGCCCGACCCCAGGGGCCCUGUCCCCGUCGCACCACGGCAGCGGGGGCGGCGCCGGCGGCCCCUCCCAGGCUCCGGCGCUGCGCUACUUCCAGCUGCCUCCGCGGGCGGCCAGCGCGGCCAUGUACGUGCCUGCCCGUUCCGGCCGCGGGCGCAAGGGCCCGCUGGUCAAGCAGACCAAAGUCGUCGAAGGCGAGCCCCAGAAGGGCGGCGGCCUCCCGCCCGCCCCCUCGCCCACGUCUCCGGCGUCCCCGCAGCCGCCGCCGCCGCCGCCGCCGGCCGCGGCCGCGCCGUCGGAAAAGAACUCCAUCCCUAUCCCCACAAUCAUCAUCAAGGCGCCGUCCACCAGUAGCAGCGGCCGCAGCAGCCAGGGGAGCAGCACCGAGGCGGAGCCCCCGAGCCAGCCCGAGGCCGCGGGCGGCGGGGGCGGCGGCGGCGGCUCUUCCGCGCCCAGCCCCGCCCCGGCCGUGUCGCCCGUGCCGCCGUCCCCCUCGCCCGUGCCCACCCCCGCCUCGCCCAGCGGCCCGGCCACCCUGGAUUUCACCAGCCAGUUCGGAGCGGCCCUGGUGGGGGCGGCUCGAAGGGAAGGGGGCUGGCAGAACGAAGCCCGCCGGCGGUCCACGCUCUUCCUCUCCACCGACGCGGGGGACGAGCCCGACGGCGGCGACAGCUCGCUGGGCCCAGGGGCGCCCCCAGGCCCCCGGCUGCGCCACUCCAAGUCCAUCGACGAAGGCAUGUUUUCGGCCGAGCCCUACCUCCGGCUGGAGUCGGCGGGCGCCGGCAGCAGCUACGCGGGCUACGCGGCCGGCAGCCGAGCCUACGGGGGCAGCAGCGCCUUCACCAGCUUCCUGCCGCCGCGACCCCUGGUCCACCCGCUGACCGGCAAGGCCCUGGACCCGGCCUCCCCGCUCGGGCUGGCCCUGGCCGCCCGGGAGCGGGCGCUGAAGGAGUCCUCGGAGGGCGGUGGGCCCCCCCAGCCCCCUCCAAGGCCUCCAUCGCCCCGCUGCGAGGCCCCGCCGCCCACGCCGCACCGCCACUCGCCCCACGCCCGCCACGAGCCAGUGCUGCGCCUCUGGGGAGCCUCGCCCCCGGACCCGGCCCGCCGGGAGCUGGGGUACCGGGCGGGGCUGGGCGGCCAGGAGAAGCCCCUUCCGGCCAGCCCACCGGCGGCCCGACGCUCCUUGCUGCACCGCCUGCCUCCCACAGCUCCCGGGGUCGGGCCCCUGCUUCUGCAGCUGGGGCCCGAGCCUCCCGCCCCGCACCCCGGGGUGAGCAAGCCCUGGAGAUCCGGCGCCCCCCCGGAGGAGCCCGAGCGGCUGCCCCUCCACGUGCGGUUCCUGGAGAACUGCCAGCCCCGGGCCGGGGGGGCGGGUGGAAGGGCCCCCCCCUCGGAGGACGGGCCGGGGGUCCCGCCGCCCAGCCCGCGCCGCUCUGUGCCGCCCUCGCCGACCUCCCCGCGGGGCAGUGAAGAGAACGGGCUCCCCCUGCUGGUCCUGCCGCCGCCCGCCCCCUCGGUGGACGUGGAAGACGGCGAGUUCCUCUUUGUGGAGCCGCUGCCCCCGCCCCUCGAGUUUUCCAAUAGUUUCGAGAAGCCGGAGUCGCCUCUCACGCCGGGGCCUCCCCACCCGCUGCCGGACCCACCCACCCCGACCACCCCCUUGCCCCCUGUGCCGCCCCCGGCCGUGGCCGCCGCCCCUCCCACCCUGGACUCGACCGCAUCCAGCCUGACUUCCUAUGACAGCGAGGUCGCAACGCUGACCCAGGGGGCCCCCGCGGCUCCUGGGGACCCCCCUCCGCCAGGCCCGCCCGCCCCAGCCGCCCCGGCUCCCCCACCCCCCCAGCCUGGCCCAGACCCUCCCCCGGGCACGGAUUCUGGUAUUGAGGAGGUGGACAGUCGGAGCAGCAGCGACCACCCCCUGGAGACCAUCAGCAGCGCCUCCACGCUGAGCAGCCUGUCCGCUGAAGGCGGGGGCGGCGCAGGGGGCGGAACUGGCAGCGUUGGAGGUGGUGGUGGCGCCAGCGUGGCCGGUGGGCCAGAGCUCCUGGACACCUACGUGGCCUACCUGGAUGGCCAGGCGUUCGGGGGCAGUGGCACUCCUGGCCCUCCAUACCCCCCGCAGCUCAUGACCCCCUCUAAGCUCCGGGGCCGGGCGCUCGGGGCCGGCGGAGGCCUGCGGCCGGGACCCGGUGGGGGACUCCGAGACCCUGUCACUCCCACCAGCCCCACUGUCUCAGUGACGGGGGCGGGAACCGAUGGGCUGCUGGCCCUGAGCGGUUGUCCGGGAUCCUCGACGGCAGGCGUGGCUGGCGGCCCCGUGCCUGUAGAGCCAGAAGGUCCGCCAGUGCCCUUGCCAUCGGCCUCCUCCCUGCCUCGGAAGCUGCUGCCCUGGGAGGAGGGCCCGGGCCCGCCGCCGCCCCCUCUGCCGGGGCCCUUAGCCCAGCCUCAGGCCUCAGCCUUGGCCACUGUAAAAGCCAGCAUCAUCAGUGAACUCAGCUCCAAGCUUCAGCAGUUUGGGGGCUCCUCGGCAGCUGGUGGCGCUCUGCCGUGGGCCCGGGGAGGCAGCGGGGGAAGCGGGGACAGCCACCACGGGGGAGCCAGCUACGUCCCCGAGCGGACUUCCUCCCUGCAGCGGCAGAGACUCUCGGAAGACUCCCAGUCCUCGCUCCUCUCCAAACCUGUGAGCAGCCUGUUUCAGAACUGGUCCAAACCACCUCUGCCGCCACUCCCCACGGGAACCGCGGUGUCCCCUUCAGCCGCUGCAGCCCCGGGGGCCACCUCCCCAUCGGCUUCCUCCUCCUCCACGUCCGCCCGCCACCUCCAGGGCGUGGAGUUCGAGAUGCGCCCACCUUUGCUCCGCCGGGCCCCCAGCCCCUCAUUGCUGCCCGCCUCGGAGCACAAGGUCAGCCCUGCGCCCCGGCCCUCGUCCCUACCCAUCCUGCCUUCCGGACCCCUCUACCCGGGCCUCUUUGACAUCCGAGGCUCCCCCACCGGAGGGGCAGGAGGCUCGGCUGACCCCUUCGCCCCCGUCUUUGUACCGCCGCACCCCGGGAUGUCCGGGAGUCUCGGCGGGGCCUUGUCAGGGGCCUCCCGCUCCCUCUCACCGACCCGCCUGCUUUCCCUGCCCCCGGACAAGCCGUUCGGCGCUAAACCUCUGGGCUUCUGGACCAAGUUCGAUGUGGCUGACUGGCUAGAGUGGCUGGGCUUGGCCGAACACCGGGCCCGGUUCCUGGACCACGAGAUCGAUGGCUCCCACCUUCCCGCCUUGACCAAGGAGGACUACGUCGAUUUGGGGGUGACCAGGGUGGGACACCGCAUGAACAUCGACCGGGCUCUCAAGUUUUUCCUGGAGAGGUGAUGGCUGGCCUGGACGGACCAGCCCGUCCACAGAACCCUUGAGCCUGCUGGCCUCUUGACCUCUGACCGCCCCUCCCACCCAACCCAACCGUCCUUCUCUCCCCGGGCCAGGGACUCUGCUAGAACUGCGCCCUGACCCUUGUCUCCCAAGGCCGGAGGUCACCAGGUGGCCUGAUCCCGGCCAGACAUUUGCACCUCACAGGAGGGGGCAGCUGACACGAGGCGGUGUGUGUGUGUGUGUGUGUGUGUGAAGGGGUAGGGGGAGCGGAGGGGCGGUGGAGGAAAUCAGAGAGGGGGUGGAGAAGGAGGGAAGGGUCGAUUCUGGGGAGCGGGGGACAGACAGAGCCAUAGAGGGCCAGCCCUGAGCCUGACCGCUUGGGGGUCGUCCCCCAGGCCGCAGAGGAAGGGGCCGCCCUCAGAUUCCACCAUCUGCCGCCCCUCUAACCACCCUUCCCCCCUUCUCUAAGCCCCUGGCUCUCCCCACCCUCCCCUCUCCCCAGCACACACAGCAGCCCCCGCCCCCCAGGCUCUUGCACGCUCCUUUGCACGCCUGCUCACCUCUCUCCCCUUCCUGGGCUACAAUUUUGCACAAAUGCGCCCUCUGGCUGUCUUGCGCGCUCCGCCUUGGCUUCCUCCGCCUGCCUUUGCUUCCGGCUCGCUCGGCUUCCCUGGCACACCACAGCGUCUGUCUCCCCACGCUCCACACCCCCUUGGUCUCAGACUCUUCCCACGGGCGCCCUCCCCCACUCCCACCCCCACCCCCACCCCUCUCUCCUGAAGAAUCUCUGGGCCCUUGCUGCAGACACACUUGGGACACCCUUUCCCUCGCCCUCUCUCAGACCGUGCGCCUCCCCCUAAACUUGCGCCUCCGUUCUCCUGAAGCACCCUCUCCCCUUAAUCCUGCACCCCCACAUUCUCACUCUACCCACCCCUCCGUCUCACAGUGACACUCCCACGCUACCUACUUGCCCCUCCCCCCACCCACUGUUGCUUGCACCCUCGCCUCCCAGGAACCAUAUCUUCUCCUCUUUGCCAGGCUUCCCCACUCCCUCGCCCCGUCGUUUCCCAGCUCCUUGUCCAUCUCCACUGUCAAUUCUUUGAUGCAGCUUCUUGCACGCCCGCUCUUGCACACGCAUUCUCCCCAGCACGUCCCCUGCUCUCUUGAAGCCGUCUUUUCGUCCUUAACUAGGCUCUUGCACCCCGCAGCCCUGCCUUGCACGCUCAUGCUUGAAUUUCUGGUUGUUCUUGGGUAACUUUUACCAUCUCUUGGAGAACUCUGCAGCCUCUUUCCUUUUGCACACUCAUCCCAUUCCACACGCUCUUGAGCCUGUAUUAUUGUUUCUUUUCCUGGCAGUUUUUUUUUCCUGCCCCCAAAGAUCAGAUCAUUUGCACUCUGCCUGUUCUCUUAGCUCUGGACACUUUUUCUGUCAAGAGAAGACCCUGUGCACUCUCAGUUCCUGCCCACUUUGCUUCCUCGCUUCCUCCUCUCCCCGCCCCAGUCUGCCAUCUCAGCUCCUCCCUCCUCUGACUUCCCGUCCAUCCAUUUUGCACGACGACACCGCCUCCCCCCCAUCUCCUAAAACUUUCCGUCUCUCCCAGAAACUCCUCCCUCCAGCAUGGCUGUCCCUUCCUGCACGCUUCCCUGUCCCUCUAUUCCUAGGGCUUGGAAAUUCUAAGCCACCCCCUUCCCCUGGAAAGCCCCCUCGCCUACUGUGGGCAAAAGGGGGAGGGCAUCGCCCCUGAUCCCCACCAUGUUCAGCUGCCAAAGAAGGGAGCUCCCCCUCCUUCCCCCAAGCCCAUUCCCCCUCUGCUGCCCCCUACCCCCGAGUGGGGGGGGGCGCUCCGUCCUUGGGGGGAGGGUGCUUGCAACCCUCCCUCCUUACCACGUCAGGGAUCUGCGGGGAACCUUGUGGGAGGGUCGUGGGAGGGGGGAGGGGUGGCGAGGAGAGGGGCGGAGGUCGCGCUGGGCCCCUACCCGCCCCCUCCCCCUUGUCGGAUGCCCCCCGUCCGCAGGGGGCCUGCGCGGCGCUCGUCUAUCAAGGGCUUGUUCAUUCUGGAUGGGUGCCGCGGGGUUGGGGAGGGUGUGGGGGGUGGGGAGGGGGGUAGGAGAGGUUGGGCUGGGGAGGGGGAAGGUACUGGAUUGGGGGCUGCGCGGGGCGGAGAGAAGCGACAAAGCAAAAAGAGGAACAAUAACAAAAGAAAAUACAAAAAAAAAAAAACCUAGAACACAAAAAAAAAUCCAGAAAAAAAAAAAAAAAAACCUGAAAUAAAGCCCGAGAAUUGUCUUCCAAGGGGGGUUGGGAGGAGGAAAAGGGGGGCGGAUGAGGACGUCUGGUUCUCGUUGGGACAGGGAUCACACGCGUUCAAAUCCACGGGGCCCCGGUCUUCCCUCUCACGGGCCUCGGAAUUCACCCCUCAAGGGGUUGCGACCCAGGCGUCCAUUCGCAGGGACUAGGGGAAGACUAGGGAGGCAGAAUUAUAUCAUGGGGGUUCGUCUCUACCCCCCGUCACCACCCUCCCCCUGACUCCCCACCAAGAUUUUGCAGAGAGAAAUGGCUUUUGUACCAGGUCAUUCUUUAUAAUUAAACUCACAGUAUCCA